GGGGGUCAGCCCCGCAUGGGGGUCAGGCCCGGGGCAGCCGUGCCGGGGCGCUCGCGGGGCGCCGCCGCGGCCGUUCGUGGCCGGCAGCGCCCUGACCGCGCCUCCCGCCCGCCGCAGAUGGGGCCGCUGCUGCUGUUGUCGUCGGUGCUGCUGCUGCUGCUGGGGCUGGGCCGGGCCGCCCCGCCGGAACACGAGGUGACGUACCUGGCCGGGCUGCCCAAGCAGCCCUCCUUCCGCCACUUCUCGGGCUACCUCUGCGCUGGGCCGGGCAAGCACCUGCACUACUGGUUCGUGGAGGCCCAGAGCAACCCCCAGGGCAGCCCCCUGGUGUUGUGGCUCAACGGGGGUCCCGGCUGCAGCUCCAUGGAAGGCUUCCUCAAGGAGCAUGGCCCCUUCCUGAUCCAGCCCGAUGGGGUCACGCUGAAGUACAACGAGUACGCCUGGAACAAGAUUGCCAACAUCCUCUAUCUGGAGUCUCCCGCUGGCGUCGGCUUCUCAUACUCCGAUGACAAGAAGUACGGCACAAAUGACACAGAGGUUGCUCACAACAACUACCUGGCACUGAAGGAUUUCCUCCGCCUGUUCCCUGAGUACUCCAAGAAUGAUCUCUUCCUCACAGGGGAGAGCUAUGGGGGGGUCUACAUCCCCACGCUGGCAGAGUGGGUGAUGCAGGACCCCAGUCUCAAUUUGAAGGGAAUCGCUGUGGGAAACGGCCUCUCAUCUUAUGAGAUCAAUGACAACUCCCUGGUUUACUUUGCCUAUUACCACGGGCUGCUGGGGACCGAGCUGUGGAAGGACCUUCAGGCCUUCUGCUGCUCCGAGGGGAAGUGCAACUUCCACGACAACUCCAACCUGAACUGCACGCUCAAGAUGGGCGAGAUGAUUCAGAUUGUAGAGGAGUCUGGCCUCAACAUCUAUAACCUCUAUGCCCCGUGUGACGGAGGUGUCCCCGGGAGUCUGAGGUAUGAGGGUGAUUAUCUCAUCACACACGACCUGGGCAACUCCUUCAUCCGGAUGCCUCUGAGAUUCUCCUGGCGGCAGAACCUGUUCCGGAUGCCAGUAGCCCGGAGGAAGGUCCGUAUGGACCCGCCCUGCACCAACUCCACAGCCCCCAGCAUGUAUCUGAACUCCCCGGAGGUGCGGAAGGCUCUGCAUAUCUCCCCUGAGGCCCCGGAGUGGCAGGUGUGCAGCUUCGAGGUGAACCGCAACUACAAGCGCCUGUUCAUGCAGAUGAACGAGCAGUACCUGAAGCUGCUCGGGACCACGAAAUACCGGAUCCUGGUGUACAACGGGGACGUCGACAUGGCCUGCAACUUCCUCGGGGAUGAGUGGUUUGUGGACUCCCUGUGCCAGAAGGUGCAGGUGGCUCGACGGCCCUGGCUCUACACUGAAAAUGGUGAGAACCAGAUCGGGGGCUUUGUGAAGGAAUUCGCCAACAUCGCCUUCCUCACUGUCAAGGGAGCUGGCCACAUGGUGCCCACGGACCGGCCGCUCGCUGCCUUCACCAUGUUCUGCCGCUUCAUUAAGAACCAGCCUUACUAGGAGCUGCGGGGGCAGCACCCGGUGUGCCGGCUGCCCUCACCACCCCACUGCCCUCACUGCCGGCACCUCGCACAGCCCAGUCCUCGCUGCUGCUCGGCUACACCACAGACCUGUCACACCUGCAGCCUUCCUCCCAGCUGGACAGGGCUGCCUGCUGUGGGUGGGGGGCAUGGAAUUGAAUCCUGAGGGCUCUGUCCUUGAUGGGAGAGGAGUCAUGUGCCUGCUGCAGCUGCCUCCUCGCUUGUGGCUUCCUGUCUUGCCUCCCCCCUGUCUGCAGCAGCAGCUGCUACCCUCCCAGGCAGGGAGCAGUCCUGGCACAUCCCCUUGGCCCUGCACACACGGCCUGGGCAGGCUCUGAGGAGCAGCAGUGGUGGAUGGCUGGGCCCUGCUCCUUCCACCCUGCUCCCACGGAAGGAGGCUCAACCACCACAACCACAACAAUCCCACUGCCAGGGCACACAGUGCUUCAGGAAGUUGCAAUAAACUCUCUGACCGAGGUGGUUCUGCUCCUCCUCACA